AUGGUAAUGGAAGAAAUGUACAAAGGGACGUGCAGGCGUCACAUGAACGAUAUAGUAUUGACUAGGAAAAUCAUGCAUCCAGUAUAUUAUUGGUUGAUGAUGGAGAAGGAUUGCGAAGCCUUGUUAAGGAAGUUCUGUGAGUGCCAAUUGUACAGUGACCUAAGUGAUUUACCUCCGACUAAACUUCAUAAUCUGAUGUCUCUAUGGCUUUUUACAGCUUGGGAAAUUUACAUUAUCAGAGAGAUAAAGCCUCUUUCAAAUGGGCAUAAGUCCAUAGUUGUGGUGAUCGACUACUUCUUUAAAUGGGUUGAGGCUGAGUCACUCAUUACUAUAGAGGUAAGGCAGAUUAUAAAGAGGAACCUGAUUUGUAGAUAUGGAGUCCCGUAUCACAUUGUGACAAACAAUGGCAUGCCACUUAUGGGUGAGAUGACAAAUUUCCUAGAAGAGUACAAGAUUGAACAUCACAGGUCUUCCCCAUACAGACCUCAAGCGAAUGGCAUGGUUGAAGCAGUCAACAAGAACUUAAAGAAGGUACUCUUGAAGAUGAUGUGA